AUAUUAGACUGGAGGGGGUUUAAAAGGAGAAGAUGAGUUUGAAACUAAUAUCAUGUCUGCUCCUAACACUGGUUUCCUAUACCGGAGCUAAGGAGCGGAAGCUAACCGUGUUCACCGUUGCCACGGAAAGGACGGACGGAUAUCUCCGGUUUGUCAGAUCAUUGGACGUGUUCGGGUUCGAGCUGGUUACUCUGGGUCUAGGACAAGACUGGCAGGGAGGAGACAUGAACUAUCCUGCAGGGGGGUGGAAGGUGAACCUCCUUAAGAAGGAGUUGGAGAGAAGGAAGGAGAAGGAGGAAGGAUUCAUGAUGUUUACCGACAGUUAUGACGUUAAAUUUUAUAAAACAUUGUAUAUAAUUCUAGGACAGUAUGAUAAGAUGGGAGGAGGAAUAAUAUUUGGAGCUGAGGGGUUCUGCUGGCCUGAUAUCAGCUUGAAGUCCCGCUAUCCUAUUGUGGAGAAGGGGAGAAGGUUCCUCAACUCCGGGGGAUUCAUCGGCGCCAUCAAGGACGUGAGGGAGCUGCUGGCAGCAGGAGGAGAUCUAGGAGAUACAGAAGACGACCAACUCUUCUAUACAAAGAUCUACCUGGAUAAUGAUCUGAGACAGAACCUGGGAAUGAAACUAGAUCAUAAAGCUGAGAUAUUUCAGAACCUUAACGGAGAAACAGACAACGUUGAGCUCAGGUUUGCAGGAAACGAUCCUUAUUUCUACAACAUAGUCUUUGACACCCUCCCUAUGGUGUUCCACGGAAACGGUCCGAGCAAGUUGUUCCUGAACACUCUGGGGAACUAUAUCCCCGGGUCCUGGAACACUAAGGACGGAUGUGUAGAAUGCUGGAAGGAUACACAGAGUAUAAAGAGUAUAGAAACCCCUCGUGUUCUCCUCGCGGUGUAUAUCGAGCUCCCAACCCCGUUCAUGGACGAGUUCUGGGAGAAGCUAAUCAACCUGGAGUAUGACAAGUCCGCCAUUGAUUUGUUAAUCCACAACAACGUUGAGCACCACGAGAAGCAGGUGUCGGAGUUUGUUAAGUACUGGAGUCAGGGGAACGAGGUUGAGACCUUCAACAGUAUCCAAGUAAUCUCACACCUGGAGGGAGUGGACGAGGGAUCAGCUAGAAACCAGGGACUGGAGAAGUGUCUUGAGAUUAAGUGUGAUUAUUUGUUCGUGGUUGACUCCGUCAGUCAUCUGGACAACCCCAACACUCUCACCUUGUUGAUAGAGCAGAACAGGGGCGUGGUGGCGCCCGUCAUGAUCCGCCCAUACUCUGCCUGGAGCAACUUCUGGGGAACACUUUCUUCCGACGGUUUUUACAGCCGUUCCAUCGACUAUAUGGAUAUUGUUAGAAAUACCCGCCGUGGACUCUGGAACGUUCCUUACAUCAGCUCCUGCUAUCUUAUCUCCGGAACCUUGAUCCAGGAGGAGAAAACAAGACCGUCCUACUCCAGUUCUACUCUGGACCCGGAUAUGGCGUUCUCUAAGAGUUUACGAGAUAACAACGUGUUUCUUUAUGUUUCAAACCGACUCAAUUUCGGGCAUCUUGUCAACAAUGAAAAGUUUGCGACCGGGUUUUUAAACAAUGAGCUUUGGGAGAUGGAGAGAAAUCGGUAUGAUUGGGAGCAGAGAUAUCUUCACGUGAACUACAGUCUGAGCCUGGAACCAGAGUAUAAACAAGUGUCGCCAUGUCCAGACGUAUUCUGGUUCCCAGUGUUUACGGAGAGGUUUUGUGACGAGUUUGUUGCUGAAGCUGAACAUUUUGGUAAAUGGAGUUCAGGAACUAACACAGAUGAGAGAUUGGCUGGUGGGUAUGAGGCAGUACCAACCAGAGAUAUUCAUAUGAAUCAAAUAGGAUAUGACAAUGAGUGGUUAUAUAUUCUUGAUACAUAUAUCCGUCCCCUCCAGGAGUCAGUUUUCCUUGGAUACUUCCACCAACCUCCCAGAUCAAUUAUGAACUUCAUUGUCAGAUACAGGCCAGAUGAACAGCCAAACCUGCGCCCCCACCAUGAUAGUUCAACUUACACCAUCAACGUGGCUCUCAACCAUGUUGGGAAGGAUUAUGAGGGUGGAGGAUGUAGAUUUCUACGCUACAACUGCAGUGUUGAAGCGACGAAGAAAGGUCACAUGUUGAUGCAUCCAGGCCGGUUAACUCAUUAUCACGAGGGUCUCACCACUACUAAGGGAACUAGAUACAUCAUGAUCUCAUUUGUUGACCCGUAAAUAUUCAAAUCUUAGAUUUGAAAUCUUUUCAGAAGUUUUCUUAAGUUCUGUCCCUUGUAAGAUCCUUUACAAAUCUACAAUUCUUAGUUUGUUGCUAGAUUUCAGAUUAAUGUGCCAAUUUUAUUCAGAUGUUAUACAUACUUACAACCCCACUUCAAGCAAUAAGCAAUGUAUUGCAAAAUUAUUCUUCUUAUUCUCUUCUGUUUCAAGCAAUAAGGAAAUGUUUUCUUUAAAUUAAGAAGAUAUUAAUACCAUAAUUUAUGUAUUUACAUGCAAUAACAGAACAUGUAAUAUAAAAGUUUUGUACUUGUUAAGUGCACUAAUUGUACAGCUCUAGUCAAUCUGAAAAUGACUAGAAAAAAAUUCUCUUUUAAAGUUAAAUUAUUUAUAAAAUCUCAUUGAAUAACUAAAUACUCAAUCUAUCUAAAUUCGUUUUUCGAAUUUUCCAACACCAAAUCAAUACAUUUCUAAAAUGUUAAUUUCUGACCAAAUUCUGUUUUGUGAAAGUUGUAGAUUAUCCAAUUCAUAUAUCGAGCUUAUUACCGGCUGAGCCGAUGUUAAAAAAUUUAUGUUUUUUAUUUAUACUGCCUUUCCCUAACUUCUCGUUAGGACAAUUAGUAAACUUUUAUUAUAUUUGCAGCUAUUUUUGAAUUUUUAUAUUUACAUAUACAA